UCGCCAGAUUGCGGUGUUCGGAUGAUCCCGAAACAGGGGAGGAUCGUUGGAGGGACAAAGACGCAUUUCGGGGACUGGCCCUGGACCGUCCUGGUGAAGGAGAGCACGUGGCUGGGGCUCUUCACCAAGAACAAGUGCGGCGGGGUCCUCCUAAACCACAAAUAUGUGGUCACGGCCGCGCACUGCCAGCCAGGAUUCCUAGCGUCGCUGACGGUCGUGUUGGGAGAGUUCGAUCUGACCGGAAACGUGGAGCCCAUGAGGACAGUGGAGAGGAACGUGAAACGAAUCAUUGUCCAUCGUGACUACGACCCCAAGACUUUCGAGAAUGACAUCGCCCUCUUGGAGCUGGCCUCCCCGGUGGAGUAUCGGCCGCACGUCGUCCCCAUCUGCUUGCCGGACGACAAUGAAGAUUUCGUCGGGAAGAAAGCCCUUGUCGCUGGAUGGGGAAGAACUAAAUAUGGAGGGACUGUGCCUGACGUCCUGAUGCAAGUGGAGGUGCCAAUCAUGACCAACAGCGAGUGUCAGGCUAUGUUCUACAAGGCAGGCCACCCGAAGGCCAUCCGGGAGUCCUUCAUGUGCGCUGGAUACCCCAAUGGAGAGAGGGAUUCUUGUGAAGGAGACAGUGGAGGACCCCUGAUGCUCCAACGGGAGGACGGUCGAUGGGAACUGGCAGGAACCGUUUCUCACGGCAUCAAAUGUGCGUGGCCGAAUCUCCCCGGUAUUUACAUGAAGAUGACUUACUACAAACCCUGGAUCCUAAGAGUCAUCGAAAGUUGAUUCCCCAUCACUGAAUGCAUUUCCCUGCACUUCGGGAAUCGUGAUAAAUUUAUGCCUCUACUAUUUGCACAAUACAGGCCCCAUCCAGAUUUUUGAUGGCCUAGGUUGUUUUGCAAUCGCUGCUCUGAUUGCAGCGCCUCGUAUAUUUUUUGUUGAUCAAAUCAACCUGAGAAGUAAGCAUUUUCCUUCCCCUCGAAGACCCAACCGAGGCUGUCUUUUUCUUUCGCCUUUAGGCGAAAUGGACAAACAAAGGCAAUCGAUAUUCAUUGAAGUUGUAUCGAUCGAGUUGACAUUCCACCCUGGAGAAGAUUCGAAUCUGUGCCGUCGGGAGAUCUCUGAGGAAAGACUUCGCUUUGCUAUUUAUCCG